CCCUCCCGCAGCAGCCAUGGUCUGGAAGAAACUGGGCUCCGGCAACUUCUCCAGCUGCCCCAACGGCUCCCGCCAGUGGAUAUGGGACGUGUUUGGCGAGUGUGCCCAGGACGGCUGGGACGAGGCCAGCGUGGGCCUGGGCUUGAUCUCCAUUUUCUGCUUUGCUGCGUCCACCUUCCCCCAGUACAUCACGGCCUGCAAGACAGGCAGCAUGGACCAGGCCCUGUCUCUGUGGUUCCUCCUGGGCUGGAUCGGCGGAGACUCCUGCAACCUCAUUGGCUCCUUCCUCGCUGACCAGCUGCCCCUGCAGACGUACACCGCGGUGUAUUACGUCUUGGCGGACCUGCUGAUGCUGUCACUGUACUUUCAUUACAAGUUUAAGAAACGCCCCGCUGCGUUGUCUGCCUCCAUCAAUUCUGUGCUCUUGUUCAUCUUGGGGCUGGCGUGUAUCACUCCGCUGCUGAGCAGCGCUGGCUCUGUGGCUGCCCCGAGGGAGGUCUUCUGGGGGCGGUCGCUCCUGUCUGUGGAGCCGACCAGUAAGCCCUUCACUCGGCAGGAAAUCAUUGGCUUUGUCAUCGGCUCCAUCUCCAGCAUGCUGUACCUGCUCUCCCGGCUGCCUCAGAUCCGCACCAACUUCCUGCGGAAGUCGACCCAGGGGAUCUCCUACUCGCUGUUUGCCUUGGUGAUGCUGGGGAACACCCUGUAUGGACUAAGUGUGCUGCUCAAAAACCCUGAGGUGGGCCAGAGCGAGGGCAGCUACCUGCUGCACCACCUGCCCUGGCUUGUGGGCAGCCUGGGCGUGCUGCUACUCGACACCAUCAUCUCCAUACAGUUCCUGGUGUACAGGAACACCACCACCUCCUCAGAGCGCCAGCCCCUCCUCUCCAGCUGACCAAGAUGCAGGCCAAGAUGACAAGGACCUCCAGAUGCCACCGCCAGGAAGGGAGAAGUGUGGGCAGUCACGGUGCUGCUGACCCUGGACUAGGCCGUGGAAGAAGCUGGCGAGGCCUAGAAUUCCUGGCCCAGCCGUCUCCCCCCGUGCGUCCGAAACCUCUGUGGGCUGACUCUUCCAGAAGCCCUGACUGACUGACUCUUCUAGGAAGGAGAUGGCCCCCAGUGCCAGCUCGUCCUCCCCUGGGACACACCUCCCAGGGUCUAA